CACAAAAAUCGUGUACAAGAAUGGACCGACCAUCCAGAGAUAAAAAAGCUGUCAACUAUGCAGUCUUACAAGACGAUGAUGAUGAAGAUUUUGCAUGUGUGAAACCUCCUCCCAAAAAAGCUCGAACAGCCAUCAAAGACCCUGAUUCUUUGAGAAACCACAAAACUACAAGUGCAUCUCCAAAUGAAGUCGUUGAUCUCACCAGCUCAGGAAGCCGGAAGAGGACAUCUGUGGAUGAUAAACUUUAUGAAAGAGAUUUAGAGACGGCUCUAUUGUUAUCAUUGCUGGACAGGACACAGGAUGGAGAGCCUACAACCAAAACAGAUGAGAAUGAAAGUUCUCGGCCUCCUCAGUGUUCGCCACCGGUUCUAGUUCACUGUAGUGCUGAGGGCAGCCAUUUAGUUGGCGAAGGUCAGCCUGCUCCAGAUUCUCCUCCAGUGCUGUCAAAUUGUAGCAUUGAUGGCAGAAGUUUAGGGCUGAAUCUGAUCAGUAUAGACACCUCCCCUACCAGUGUUUCUAAACAGAAGGAAACCUCAAAGGAGCAGAGAAAACCACUGAAGGAGAAGAAGGACAGCAGAGACGAUGAGGACUACCAGCCUCAGAACACACCAGAUUCAGAGAGUGAUGCAGACUUCACUGAAGAAGAUGAGAGUGAAGACAAGACAUUCACUGUGAAAAAGAAAAAGAAGGUGGUGAAACAAAAGGCACCACCGGCUGCGAAGAACAAGACAGAAAAAAAAGACAAAAAGCCAAUAAAAGCUAAAAGCUCAGCUCCCAUCCCAGCGAUCUGUCGGAGUCCAGCUGCUCCUGUGUCUGGACUGAAGAAGACGCCCACUACUCCGACUCUCUCUAAACCUGCAGUCUGCUCCAGUCCUGCAGGGGCCAGACUGCCUAAGUGGAAUCCCCCUGGUCAGGGUGGUCGGAGUCCUGGUGCAUCUCAGAAUGCACAUGUGAAGUCUCCCGGACAGGGGCUGCGUUUAGGACUUUCCCGUCUGGCUCGAGUCAAACCCCUUCACCCUAAUGCUGCUGCGAACUAAACAAGCUUGUUUUAAAGAAACAAUGUAAUCGAAAGCUUCACAGCGGCUUUUGGUAACUCGUAGUGUAUGGGGCAUCUCUUGGCUUUCAUGGUAGGAAAAAAAUAGUAAGAAGUCUGUUUUCAGAAUGGAUAUUUAUUUCUGAAAUUUGUCCAGAAUUUAAGACCUUUC